AGCAUAGCAUAGCAGUGGAGUAACCUAACAACACAAUUAACAUGGAAGACAGUUUCAGAGUGCGUGUAGAGAGAGCCUUCGGUUCUCUUCCAGUACCCUCUUCUUCCUCUGCUUCUUCUUCUCCUUCCCUUAACUCUCUUUGGUCUCUCACCGAAGAAGAAAUCAAUAACACUCCGUCAGCGCGCAUCCACCGAUCCCAACCCCAACCCUAUUCCUCUUCCACUUUCCGUGUUCAGCUCCAGAACGACCUGCAAGACCUCAACGACGACGCUGACGCUGACGCUGACGCUGACGCGCCACGUGGCCCCUCUAAGCCACCCGAUUACGACGAUGAACAGUGGCAGAUUAGGUCUGGUAUUGGCCUCGAUUGCACCCUCGAUUACGAGGCAGAGGAAGAUCAGUAUGACAAGCAGGCUAUUGGCAAAGAGAACUCAGGGGAUCGCGUGUAUAUGAAGGAUAUAAACGACGAUGGUGUUGAGAUAAGUUCUUCCAGUGUUCUUCCCACUUCGUUUAGAGAUUUUGUGAGAGACCCGCGUGCAAAUCAUUUGGCUGCUAGGAUUAGGCUGAAGCAGGAUGAUGAAGCAGCUAAAAAAAUUGAUGCUUUGCAUGUCUCUGAGAAAUCUGCACCAGACAUUGGUGCUGGUGGUGAUGCUAUUAACCCCAAGUCAAUUUUGAAGAGUAGAGACAAUCAUUUGGAGCCCAGGCCACAGAAACGUGUUAGGUUUGAUUCUGAAUGUGAUGAUAGAGGUAAUGAUGAUGAUGAUGAUGAGCAUGAAAGAACCAGGGAUGUUCGAAUGAAGACCUCUUCAAUUGAAGAGGUUGCAGCUUCGGAUCAGUCAUCAAAGUCACAAGAAUUUGAUUCAGCAGUUCCAGAUUAUGUUCGUAAUCCAUCAAGAUACACGCGUUAUACUUUUGACUCUUCAAGUGACAUGGAUGACAAAUCUAAUAAGGAAGCAUAUAUGAGCUUCUUUGCACAGUUAAAGGGGUCAAAUGCUGCCAAGGGAACUGGAUCCGAAGCAGAUGAUGCCUUGGAUGAUCUUCCAUCAGUAACCUUCAUCUCAAAGAAGAAAUCUGGUGAUGCCACUAUGGGAGAGAGUGAAAUGGUGUCGAAGCAAAAGCUUGAUGCUGGCAAGGAGGCCAUGAAUAGAAGAGCUUUCCCUGUUGGCAUAGCUGCUGGUGACACUGAAAACAGUGAUGUUUGUGCAAUGGAGGAGGAUGAACCAGAAGUUAUUGAGGAUGCUAAACGGAGCUCGCAGAGGUUGAACCGCCAGUACAGGAAGAAAAACCAGGAGUUGGAGGAUCCUACUGUGUAACAGGCGUAAUUUGCCAAAAUCGAACUUUCUGACUUGUUUAUUUUUCCCCUUUGGGUCGUCUCAGACUAGCGGUUCUUUUCACAAAUUUGGGGAACGACAUCUUGUGCCUAGAUUUUCACCUGGCUAUGUUUAUUAGUUCCUAGACUGCUGUGUUAUAGUUUCUAGAACUGCAAUUGGUGUAAACUCCAACUCAACCGUAAUCACCAGUUAGAGAUUAAGAAGUGUUCAAAUAUAAUUUUGGCUUACAUGCACUUUCUAUAUUUUAAUGUAUGGGUGCUGUUGUUAGUGGCUUUAAUUUUUCAAAUAUUUAAAUUAAAUCUUUCACUUCGAACUUAAGAAUUACUUUUGUCAUAUGUAUUUUAUUUUAUAUUUUUAUUUCAAAUAUGUUAUAUUUUAUUUUAUUUUAUUAUAUAAUUUAAUAAAAUGUCAUUUUU